UGACGUUUUUGGAGGAAAUGCAGAGGUGACUUGAAUAUCAAUAGGACGACGACAUCACCAUGCAUCUGUCAGGCGCAUUAUAGCAGUAAUGUCUAUAAAUGGUCUCCAUUUUUUGGUUGAUCCUGUAGCUGAAGAUGUCAAGGUCGUUUGUCAUCUCCUCACAUAUCUGCAGAAUGUCAAGGACAACAAUCUCCACAGCAAUGAUGAGUUUCUGGCUGCCACACACAGCUUUUUGCAGUGUAUGGACCAAUACUAUGGUGCAACAAGAGCACACAAUGUUUCAAACUGGAUGUUGUUCCUCCGUCAACUCCUGACAAUAACAUCAGAAACGGUCUAUAUAAGGUUGUCCUGCAAAGUGUGUGAGGUUGCCCUGGAAACCUCUGUGACAGUGCCAUGCAGAAUUAGAACAAAUCUGAACAAUUUAGUGCUACGUUUGAAUAAUAUAUGUGGAAUUGUUAGUCUUUUACAAAAGGAAGCUUCAGAAAUCUGUGAUAACCAAAGAAGGGGGUCGGAAAAUGGUCACCAGCCUGUGGCGUUAUGGGAUGAGGAUAUGAUGGCUUUGGUGAUGCAGUCCAGACAGGUACAGGAUAUGUUACAAGGCUGUGAAGUUCUUAUGUCACCUGUGGUGAAAGCUGUUGAAGCAAAAGCUGAAAAAGACAAGCGGUUCUUCAACACAUUGUCUUUCUCCAUUGGUGCAGCAUGCUUAGGUAAUUUUGCCUGGAAUGUAUGGCAGGGAAGGUCCACAGAGCAGCUGAUAUCUACUGGUAUGUGGUCAAUAUGUACGGGUUUCUCGGCUGCUGUCCUCCAAAUUCCACGAGUACGUCUCUCUGAUAUCACAACACAGCUACAGCAACAUCGCAAGGCUCGCGAGAAAGUGAAAGAAGUCACUCACUGCUGGAUGGAAACAGAUAAUUUUUCAUAUGCCAAACUUGUCCGUCCUCCUGCUAAGCAGGGGAAUAGUGAUACUGGGUUUUUGAUUGGGAAGGCUGUUGCUGUGAAGACAAAUUGUAGAUGAUAUGUUGUAAGGUAGUAACCAUACUUUAAUCCUAAUUACUGAGUCAGUGUUUGGACAAUGUGGCUGUAUUAUAUUGAAGGCAUUCUGUAUUCAGAUUUUAAUUUCUUAGUGAACUGUGCCUUG